AAAAAUGAACAACUGGUGCCUUAUCGAAUCAGAUCCAGGGGUAUUCUCCGAACUCUUCAAAACUAUUGGAGUCCAGAACGCACAGGUGGAAGAACUCAUCUCACUUGAUGAUGAAUUCUUGUUCCAAAUCCAACCUAUUUUCGGACUCAUCUUUUGUUUCAAAAUGACAGAGCAGACGGAGGACAGAAACCCUCUGAAAGAAUAUGACCCAACUUUAUUUUACGCUGAACAAGUGAUUAACAAUGCUUGUGCUACCCAAGCUAUUUUAUCAGUUCUAAUGAAUACCCCAGAAGUAGACAUUGGAGAAGAACUUGAUAAUUUAAAGAAUUUCACUGUGGGAAUGUCCCCAAAAGAUAUUGGAUUAACUCUUGGUAACUCUGAAAAGAUCAGGCAAGCUCACAACUCAUUUGCAAGACAAGAGCCAUUCGAAAUCGAAUCUAGAAAAGCAACCAAAGAUGACGAUAUUUUCCAUUUCAUUGCUUAUGUCCCUCACAAUGGAAAGCUAUAUGAGCUAGAUGGACUCCAAGGAGGCCCAAUCGAGCUUGCAGAUGUCGAUAUGGAUGCUUGGCUUCCAGUUGCCAGAGAUGAAAUCAACAAAAGAAUCGAGCAAUACGCUUCCCAAGAAGUAAGGUUUAAUCUCUUGGCAGUAACAGGUGACCUCCUCCAAAAAUACGAAGAGAGCAUAAAUUUGUGCAAGCUGAAAAUAAGCUAUCUUUCCAUUGUACUGGGCAAGGAAGUUGAAGAUGAAGAAUUAGAGGGAGAACUCACAGAUGAACAAAUAGACGCCCUUCCAACAGAGCCAGAGCCACAAGAAAAAUUAUUAGGAGAAAUUCAUGCUGAGCUCAAUGAGUUAGAAGGAAAGAAAGCCGACGAGGUGGAAAAGAGAGCCAAAUGGACUAGAGAAAAUCAGAGAAGAAAGCAUAAUUAUGUACCUCUUGCUCUAGAAAUGCUUAAAAUUAUGGCAGAGAAGAAGAUGCUUAGUAAUCUUUACAAAGAAGCAGAAGAAGUUCAUAAGAAGAAAUUAGAAGAGGAAGAAGCAAAGAAAGAUGAAGGAAAAGCUAACUAG